GUGAUGUGAAAACCCCUGAUGUAAAUAACCAUGAUACGGAUAACGUAAAUAACCAUGAUAUGGAUAACUGUGAUAUGAGUAACAGUGAUAUGUCAAUUUCACCAAUAUCAAUGUCACCAAAGAUUAACUCUUACUCCGCAUCAGAAGUAAGUAAAAGUGCACCGGUUAUUAUACGUAAAGGCCGCGGUGAAGUUAGUGAUGGGUCAAAAAUGGAUAAAUACUUUGAAAAAGACUAUGAUCCCAUGUACGAUUUUGAAAAGUUCGCUUGGCUCAAUUAUGUUGCAGUCAAUAGAAAAGUAACAAACAAAACUGAAGAUUUACCACUUAUUACUGAAGAAGAAAUUGAAGAGAUUGAAAAA